AUGCCUUCGAGAAUCUCUGAUGCCUUCAAAGCCCACCCUCUCCACCUCAAUCACAGACACUUGGACUUGAACUCAGUACAAGAAUUACCCGACUUAUAUGCAUGGGCAGGGGUGGACGAGAACCCUUCUGGAGACUCGUUAAUCACUGAGUCCGUGCCGGUUAUUGAUCUCACCGACCCUAAUGCCUCAGAACUCGUGGGUCAUGCAUGCAAGAGCUGGGGCGUCUUCCAAGUCACCAACCAUGGCAUCCCCGGCAGCCUCCUCGACGACAUUGAGUCUGCUGGCAGGAGCCUUUUCUCUCUACCUGCCCAGCAAAAGCUGAAGGCCGCUCGCUCCCCUGAUGGGGUUGCUGGCUAUGGCCUCGCCAGGAUUUCCUCUUUCUUCAACAAGCUCAUGUGGUAUGAAGGCUUCACCAUCUUCGGAUCUCCACUUGAACACGCUCGCCAACUUUGGCCUCAAGACUACACCAAAUUCUGUGAUGUCACGGAGGAGUUUGAGAAAGAGAUGAACCAACUUGCAGAGAGGCUCAUGUGGCUCAUGCUUGGAUCACUGGGGAUCACUAAAGAAGAUCUUAACUGGGCUGGCUCAAAAGGCGACUUCAAAGCUGCCCUGCAGUUGAACUCUUACCCAGCUUGUCCAGAGCCGGACAGGGCGAUGGGUCUCGCUGCCCACACUGACUCUAGCCUCUUCACAAUCCUCUACCAGAACACCGUCAGUGGUCUGCAGGUCCAACGAGAGGGAGCCGGAUGGAUCACAGUUCCUCCACUCCCGGGUGCACUUGUUAUCAACGUUGGUGACCUCCUCCACAUACUAUCCAAUGGGGUGUUCCCUAGUGUCGUACACAGGGCCUUGGUUAACCGGACAAAGCAUCGACUCUCUGUGGCCUACCUCUACGGACCACCAGCCGGUGUUCCAAUCUCGCCCGUGCCGAAGCUGGUUGACUCGACUCACCCUCCUCUCUACCGCCCAGUCACAUGGAGCGAGUACCUCUGCACCAAGGCAAAGCACUUUGACAAGGCUCUUUCAUUAGUUCGGCUGUGUAUGCCCAGGAACGGAUUCAUCGAUGUAAACGAUCACAAUGGGGUGAAAGUAGGUUAG